AUGAAUGGUGAUACUAAUGAUCAUAACUGUACUAAUAGUUCUUAUAAAUGCAAUGAAUGCGAAUUUGUCUCGGACUCGCAGGGUGGCCUCGGAGUUCAUCGUGUGAAAAAACAUAAAGCUAAUGGAUGUGAUAACAUCAAUUCUGUCUCGGUUGUGUGUGAAUACCCUCAAGGGAAAUCAUUCUAUUGCUGUAUUUGCAAUACCAUUAUUAAAUCCUGGCCCAACUUCAAGAGACAUUAUAAGAACAUUCACCCCAAUAUUCCAUUGACCGCUUCCGCCGUAUGCACCCUAUGCAAUAGAGUCUUUAGCGAAUUAAAGGGCGCUGGUGUACAUAUGAAACGCGAACAUGACAUUUCUUCCUCGUCAGUUAUUCCUCCAUCGUCUCCGUCUCCAAUCAUGUCAUCAGUUAAUUUUGCUGAUAGUCAACCAUGUAAUGAUUCGUGUGCACCGGAGUCAACCGUUUCUGCUACAUCUCCACCACCUGUUCGUCGGACAUCUAAGAGACGGCGCCGUAGUCAUAAGUUAUUACCUACUAAUCAACCGCCCAAUUUUCCUUCUAUCACAUCCCCAAAUGGUAUCCCAUCAACAAACCUACCCUCCUGCCGUUCCACCCCCUUAUCCCAAAUUCCUUCUACCAACGAUCCUGUUCUUGAACCAAUGGUCGCCUUAAUUGGUUGUACUGCUGUUGAAAGUAUCCCCCUCAUACUAAAUUCCCCUCCUUCCUCCGAACCUCUUGAUUCAAUGGUCUCCUUAAUUGGUUGUACUGAUGAGGAUAGAAUCCCUAAUGCUCCUGACUCCCCCCCUGAUAUGGAAGUUGUUAUUAAUCCUUUGGUCGCCUUCAUUGGUAGUACUGAUGAAAUAUCAACGUCCCAUAACCCCGAUUCCAUUCCUACCGUUUGUGCCCAUGCCCACAAAGUUCCAGACCCUGUCAUUUGUGAUCUCUCUCCUGAUGAUGAUGAUGAUGAUGAUCCGUUUGAUAUCCCCCCACCCCUUUCCCCUCCUCGUCCGUUGUCCCAAUUCUCAUUCCUUAAUCCUCCUCCCUCUACAUCUCCCUCCUCAUUAUCUCAGUCUCUAAAUCCCAAUGCGCUGAAUUUUCAACCAACCCAAAAUGUUACCCUUUCUCCUCCUCCUGGUGUUAUUCCAACUUCACCCAUCAACUGUUCCACUAUUCCCAAUGUUACCGAUCCUGGCCAAACCAAUGCCUCAUCCGAUGAACCCACUGCAGUUUCUACAGAAUUCGUUGAGAAAUGGUCGUCUUCUUUUGCUGCCAAUACCAGCUGGCAAGAAUUCUCCGAACAUUGUAAUCAGUUCGCUAACGACGUCAUUUCCGAAUGUGAUAGAAAUUUUCAGAGUAAGAAAAGAGCUGUCCCUCGCCGCCCUGCUCGUCCUUCCGCAAGACCUGUCAACAACAACCGCAGGCCAUUACGCUAUAAUCCUAUUGAAGCUAGAAGGAUCCAAAGUUUAUAUAGGAUUUCCAAGAAGCGGGCUGCGAGACAAGUGAUCUGUGAUAAUAAGCCUUCUUACUCUGGCUCGGUGGAUGAGGCUAAUCAGUUUUUCACUCGUGUAUUUGGUGAGAAAAAUGUUGAUGUGGAUGCGGUAAAGAAAGGUUUGGAUGAGUUCGUCCCUUCUGGCCAAAAGAUGACACUCUGGGCGAUCCAAUUACAUCGGAUAAAGUAUCCAAGAAACUACGUUCCUUGUCGAACUCUGCGCCCGGUGCUGAUAGGGUUGAAUACCGUCACCUGA